AUGAGGCGAGUACAGCAACAACGCACGGACAGCUGGGAAGACAGCCCUCCUGCGUCUCCUGCUGCUGCUGAUGAUGAUGACCCGCAGCAGCAGCAGCAGCAGCAGCAGUUGAUGCUAGAAGAGCUGUUGGAGGAGAGCCCCAGGGCCCUGGCUAUGCUGCGCAGCAGAUCGCGGCUUAUGUGGUCGCGGAGCCUAGACGAAACCCAGCAGCAGCAGCAGCAGCAGCAGCAGCAGCAGCAGCAGCAGAAGCAGCAGCAGCAGCAGAGGCGGAGGCACACGGAUCUGCACGACAGCGACAGCCUCACGUCCUACGAUAUCAUUCGGCAGCAGCUGCAGCUCAACGAGCUCAAGGCGCAGCAGCAGCAAAGACACCUGCUGCAGCUGCAGCAGCAGCAACAACUACUGCAGGAUCAACAGGCACAGCCGCUACAGUACCGGGAGCCGGAACAGCAGCAGCAGCGGCAACAGCAGCACCAGCAGCUGCAAGAACGGCAGCAGCAGCUGCUGCAAGAGCAGCGCCAGCAGCAGCAGCAGCAGCAGCAGCAGCAGCAAGAUGAAGAGUUGAGUGGUUCUGUGCUGGCGCAGACACUGGAGCAAGACGAUGCGGCGUUGGGUUUAAUGCGCCGACAGUCCCGAAUGCUCUGGUCUCGCAGCAUCGAAGCGCAGCAGCAGCAGCAGCAGCAGCAGCAGCAGAAGCAGCAGCAGAGACGCAGCAGCGUCGUGGGCGAGCCGAAACAUCGCCGCUAUUUUGCUGCGGCGAACUCCACGGACUCGUUGGCGUCUCUUCAAUCACUGCAGCAGCAGCAGCAACAGCAGCAGCUGCAGCGCGCGCAGCAGCAGCGCCAGCUAUCGCGGCAGUACACUGAAAGAACAGCUGCAAGAGCAGCAAUUCCAGCAGUAACAGCAGCAGCAGAAGCAGCAGCAAUGUAA